AUCGAUCUAUUUAUCUAAGAAGAGCUCAAUGCAUAUUCGUGAAGUAAAACAUCAGUUCUGUUGAUUACAAACUUCAAGAAGAGUUAAGAUGAGUACAUUAGAGAUUGUGGCCUCUUUUUACAUAUUUAUGAUUGCAGUUUGUGGUAUAGCUACUGCUGAUCCUGCUGCUCCUCCACCUCCUGCUCCGGAUGCGACUAUAAUUUUCAAGGCAAAUGAUGCCAAUGCAGACGCUCAGGCGCUCCGCAAAGCCAUGAAGGGUUGGGGAACCGAUGAGAACCAAAUCAUCCAAAUCCUUGGCGCCAGAACGGGACAGCAGCGAGCAGCCAUUACAGCCGCCUAUAAAACUACCCUUCAAAGGGACUUGGUAAAAGAUAUAGAAGGUGAUACCAGUGGCACUUUCGAGGAUGUCCUGGUGUAUCUUACUUACUCUGUGGAAGAGUAUUUGGCCAGAGAAAUAAAUUGGGCGUUGAAUAAGAAAGACACAUACGAUUAUAUCGAUAUUAUAUGCGCAUGUGAACCCAACCAGAUUAAAAGUAUCAAGGAGGCAUAUUUAAGAGUUUUCAAAAUAUCUCUUCCUUCAGACAUUGAGGCACACGUCAACUAUAUUCCUACAAGAAUGCUACUAUUUCUUAUUUUAGGGGCUGGAAUCGACCUUCCAUAUCGACAAGAUUAUGAAUUUAAAGACAAGACAAUCAAGAGCUACGUUAAAAGCAUACCAGACAACGAAGAUGAUUGCAGCAGUGAAAAAAAUGGUGUAUUUUUCACAUUGAUGUAUAAAGAGAGCAUGAGACUGAUACAAACAGUUGUUAAACAGUACAACGGAGAUAAAUCAAAAGAUAAGUCAGUGACAAGUAAAAUAGAAAAGUAUUGUAAAGAACCGAGCUUGAAAAGAGCUUACAUGACAAUAGCGUCAUAUGCUGAAGACUCAGCCACAUACUUUGCAACGCAGCUGAAAAAUUCAAUGAAGGGAUUGGGCACCACUGAACGAACGUUGGACCGCGUGAUUAUUUGGAGAAGUGAAAUCGACCUGGUAAAAGUAGCAACAGCAUUUCAAGUCCUUACUAAGCACUCUCUCGAAGAUUGGGUGAAGGGUGACACUGCUGGAGAUUAUGAGAAAAUUCUUGUGGCUCUCAUCCGGGGCAAUAGGGCGUAGUCUGCCACUGCUUUGUUUCGGAGUUAUAUUCUGAAAACCAGCCUUCAAAAUAUUUUGUAAUUACUAUAUCACUGAUUAUUAAAUACUUAACAAUACUA